GGCGAUUGUGGCUUAAGCAGCUAUUUAAAUACAUUUGUAAUAUAGGCCGUGCAUGGCGCAUAUAAUUCUAUUUAAGUCUAAUCAUGCCAUGGCUGUUGGAUGAUGCCAGGAUUUCCUAUUCUAGUACUAAUCGGUGCGCCGCCCCCUCCACUCGCUCGAUUUCUGUCAACCAUGUCCGGUGAGAAGGGAACCAUGUACAGACUGAAGGAGGUGAGAGAGCACCAGUCUAUGACUUCACUCUGGAUCAUCAUUCACAACAAGGUGUACGACGUGACGAAGUUUGUUGACGAGCAUCCUGGAGGCGAGGAGGUGUUGCUGGAGCAAGCUGGUAAGAACGGCACCGAGUCGUUCGAGGACGUCGGACAUUCCAGCGACGCGCGCGAGCUCAUGCAGAACUACUGCAUCGGCGAACUCGCCGCCGAAGACCGCCCCGAGCAAGACUACCCCGAGAAACGCGCCUACACAGAAGGCGCUCCGCCCGAGCCGUUCUCCAUCAGGAGGUGGCUGCUGCCAAUCAUCAUCGCCAUCGGCGUCGCUCUGGUCUACAGGCUCGGCGUGACGUACUUUGCCGAUAAUUAGUGUAGCCGUCCGU